ACAUAAGUAGCCACACACGCGGUGCAGCUCUGUGCAGAUACGGUACUGCAUUAAACUUGUACUGCUUCACUCUACAACGUGCUGCAGACAUGGGUAAACAUAAACAACCUGCAAAAGUGGUUUCUAAGGACACCACGAAGAAACUAAGUCAGGUUGUGAAGAAGGGGAAAGCUGCUGCAAAAACAUCGAAGAUCAAAGAAAACGGUAUUGAAGCAAUACCACACAAGCUAAAGAAAUCCACCACCAGACGUCAAGCACCAAAAAAAACUAAAGAUGGACAAAAGAGCAAAUACUUUAGCAAGGAUGCAAAGGAAGGCUCUGAUGAUGAAAGUGAUGGCAGUGAGGAAGUAAACAUGACGGUUUCAGAGACGACUGUGCUGCAGAACAAAGAUGUAAAGAUAAAAGAAGAAAAAGAUGGGGGAAAGAAAGUGGAAAAGGAUGAUGAAAGUGAUGAGAGUGACGAUGAUGAGUGGGAAGAAGUGGAAGAACUUGCAGGCCCGUCCGGGACAGGGGAGACUGAGGCAGAACCUGAGAUUCCCUCCGAGCGUGUGGAGAUUGAGAUUGAAAUGGCUGAUGUAUUGCACAAGAGAAUAAAAAAGGAGAACAAAGAAAAGGAAUUUGAGAUGUACUUGCGGCGAGUGAUGAACCGCUUCAAUAAGGAGGUGCAGGAGGAUACACACAAGGUUCACCUGCUGUGUCUAUUGGCCAGCGGACUGUUUCGGAACCAGAUAUGCUGCGAGCCUAACCUACUGGCCAUUACCAUGUCUUUAAUACCCACAAACUUCACAACGGUUGUUAAAAAGAAAGUCAACAUCAGCUAUUUGGAGGAUCUUCUAAAGUGGUUUAAGGAGACAUUCUCACUGAACCCUGCCCUCCCUGAAGAGAAUAAUGUGACCCUGUUGUCGUUGCUGGAGAGGCGCUUAGGGAGUCUCUCAGCACGAAAUCAUCAGGAAAUGACCUAUCUGUUCUUGCUGGUGUUGAGGUCGUUGCAGGUCUUCUGUCGGUUGGUGCUCUCGUUACAGCCUCUACCCCUAAAGGCACCUACUGCAAUGGCUCAAGCUUCCAGCAGCCCUCCUUCUAAAGUCAAAUCCGAACCUGAAGCCAAGGUGAAUGAACCUAAAGUCUCCCCCGGUUCCAAGCGCCCACAAACUGACAGCGCGAAAAAGCCAGAGAGUGGAGGGAAGAGGAGGAAAAAGAAUAAUGAGGAAGAAGACAAAAAGAAGGAACCACAGAAGAAACAAAAUCCAAAAAACACCAGAAAAAAGGGCAACACAUCCAAAAAGUUGAAUGAAGAAGAGAGCAGUGAUGAGGAGGAGUUUCAGAUUAAAAGUGAGGAUGAGAGUGACGACGUGGAUGUAAAGAAGUUCAACAAGAACUCCAAAGCUAAAGCAAAGGACAAAUCUCAAGCUCGGAGCCAGCUAAGUGGGAAUAAGAAGCACCCGAUUAAAGCAGAGGACAAAGAAGAGGAGCCUGAUGAACCUGAUGAAAAGCCACCAAAAUUGAAAGUGUCCACUGGCUCCAAGCGGCCACCAUCGGCCAGCGCUAAUGUAAAGCAAGAGAGGGGAGGAAAGAAACAAAAAAAGAGUAAUGAGGCAGAUGCGCAAGACAGAAAGAACAAAGCAGAAGAGAGAAGAAGCAGAAGAAGUACUGCUUCCAAAGUGUCGUAUAAAGACGACAGCAGCGAGGGGGAUGAGGGGCUUAGCGAAGACGAGUAUAAGCCAAACUUUGCAGAAGAUAGUGAGGUUGAGAGCGAGGAGGAGAGUGAGGCUGAAAGUGAAGCAAAGAGUAGUGACUUUAAGGUUGAUUUAAAAAGCAGAAAGUUAAAAAGCAGCUCAAACCCUAAAGCAAAAGCCAAAUAUUGGGCUUCUUGGGUGUCAAGCGUAACAAAACUGCCUCCCAAAAAAGAGGAUAAGGAAGAAGUUGAAAGGAAGAGGAAGCAGGAGCGAAUGAAAAGAAGGGCAAUAAAAGGUGAUGACGAGUGGAUAGAGGUGUAUCUGGAGGGCGCAAAGAAAUGGGUGUGUGUGGAUGUUGUUCACGGAGUGGGAAGACCAGAGCUUUGCACCGGUCACGCAACUCAGCCCAUCACCUACGUAGUGGGCAUGGACAAAGACAGUUACCUAAAGGACCUAAGCAGAAGAUAUGACCCCACCUGGCUCACUGUGUCACGAAAGCGCCGAAUCGACCCCGAGUGGUGGGAGGAAACGUUAAAAUUCUAUGAUGGUCCAGAUUCCGAACGCAAAAAGCAAGAGGACAAAGAGCUGCAGGAAAAUCUGAUAGAAAAACCACUUCCAACGUCAGUAGCAGCGUACAAAAACCACCCUUUGUAUGCACUGGAGAGGCACAUACUGAAGUACGAGGCACUGUACCCUCCCACCGUGGCUAUAUUGGGGUAUUGCAGAGGAGAACCCGUGUACUCACGGGAUUGUGUCCACACGCUGCAUUCCAGAGACACCUGGUUGAAACAAGCUCGCACUGUUCAACUUGGGGAAGAGCCUUACAAGAUGGUGAGGGGAGCUUCAAACCGCUCACGCAAACUAAGAAUGAUGGCUCAGCUGAAGGACGACAACGACCUGCCACUGUUCGGCCUCUGGCAAACUGAGAAAUACAAACCUCCUGCAGCUAUUAAUGGCAGGAUUCCACGCAAUGACUUUGGAAACGUGUACCUGUAUCAACCGUGCAUGUUACCAGUGGGGUGUGCGCACCUGCGUCUACCCAACCUGAACAAAGUGGCUAAUAAACUUCAAAUGGACUGUGUUGCUGCUGUGACAGGCUUCGAUUUCCAUAAAGGACACUCACACCCUAUCACUGAUGGCUACAUUGUGUGUGAGGAAAAUGCAGAAAUCCUAAGAGCUGCAUGGGAGGAAGAGCAGGAGAUACAGCGGAAAAAGGAACAAGAGAAACGAGAGAAACGGGCAUUGGGUAACUGGAAGCUGCUAGUAAAAAGUCUUCUUAUCAAGGAGAGGCUCAAGCAGCGCUAUGGACAGCAGGGCAAAGCCAAAGACACUGGCAUCGCACAGGCGGAUAACGCAGGCACUGAGGUGCUUUCAUCUGAAGAGGAGGAUGAAGAUGAAUCUAAAACUGCUCCACCCUCUCUGGCUGUGUCUUGGCCACAAAACAGGCAGGAAGAGCCUGAAAAGGGAAAACCUAAAAAAGCUCUCAGUAAGAGAGAGAAGCGUGGAGCACAGAAACAUCUCUUUCCCUUUGAAAAAAGUACAUGAAUUUGAA